AUGGCUCAGAUCAUACCAUCUAUUACCUCUCUUCCUCUGGAUUCGGGAGCAGCCCCAUCAGUGGAAGAUAUCCAAGAUCGUUUGCCAUCCAUAUGUGUAGAUUAUCUAUCACAUGACUGGUCAGAGGAAGACGUUUGGGCAUCAUGGAGAAAUAUGACUAGGCAUAAGCACGAAAUCGCUAAUGGUGUAAGAUUGGAAAACGCAAGUUGGAGAACAUGGCAGAAACAGAGGAACAAGUUGAAAACUAUCAGCCCAGAAACUUUGAAUUGGCUGAAAGAUUCCGACGUGACAUGGCUUUAUGGUCCUUUGCACACUGCCAAUGUUGAGCCUGUUCGGCCAUUAAAAGUCGCUACUACCGAUGAGCGACUAGGUAUCGAUCUACCGAACCCUAAGCUCCCCGUUGCGAAAAAACCUAUACUAAAGCAUCGAACACUCUCUGAAAUGCUCACCGGUCCUCGACCAUCAUCCCCUAUCCUUGAAGCCACGACAUCCCGUCAUGAAUUCGGCUCCGACGACGACGAAUUCGAACGACCAAUGCUGCUUCAGAGUAAAUCGGACACCAACGUUAUGAGGGCUAAAACUGCCCCAGUGAUUCGAAAAAGAUCACCCACUGUAGAAAAGAAAUUCGACAUUGGCGCUGAGGCUCUUGCUGCUGCGGACACCACUGCAGGUGCAGAUUCUGCUUCUGUUGCUUCUCCCGGAUCAGCCACAGAUGGAGGUAAAAGGCAUAUUAGUUUCAAUACUUUUGUCGAGCAAAUGGUUGCCCUUGACGAACCCCGAGAACAACAAGCCGAUCUGGACAGUUCUGAUGAUGAAAUGCUAGAAAUGAAGUCAUCGUCGCUCAGUUCAAGCAGCAGAUCUUCAAGGCCAUCACUCAGUCGAAACUCCUCAUCCGGUUCCAACUCAGCUGACCACUUGACUAUUGCCAAGAUCGCCCCCACUGUAUUGAAGACACUCAAUCUUCCUGGAAGCUCUGGUGCAAUGAUAUAUGCCCCUCCACCUGAAUAUCAAUCACCCAGCCUCAAUACGCAUGGAGCAUUCGACUUCCCGUCACCUCAAGUGGAUCAUCACACUGGAAAAUGGGCAGAUCAUGAUGAGGAUGAAGAUGAGUAUGGUAGUGUAGGGUAUGACUACUUUGGCGGACCUGAUCUCGGUGGAAACGGCCAACAGAACCAGCAGGUAAACGCACAACCCAUCCCUUCGCACGUUGCUUCUCCUUCAUACGGCAAAUCAACACCGCCUACUGUGAGCCAACCGCCUCCUCAACCGAAAUGGCGACAGCAGAAUCAACCGCCUUCAGCGGAACCUUCCUCAGUGUCUUCAACCAACUCCUCUUCUUCUUCAUUGAAUGUAACAUCUCCCCCUCAACCCGGACGAAGCAUACUGAAAGUCCGAUCUCCACAAACUCAAACUGCCGCGAUUCCCGAACCAUCAUCCCCACCCAUGGCAUAUUUCAAUUAUACUCCUUCAGCAGCAACCGGUAUCGGAGGUAUGAGGGGAUCCGUCUCCGGCGCAUCAUAUGACCAACAAGCACCCGGGCCAACUGGUUCGCCUGUCACCUCUCCUCAAGCCCCUGUAGCUACAGCCGAAGAACGGGGCAGAGGAAGAACUCCCUCGAGAGAUAGGAGUUUGAACGACCGAUCUACCUCGAGAGGUACAUCCGCCAGCUCCACUGGGUCAUUCGGCUCGAAUUCUUCGGCUAGAUCACCUACCGAAGGUGUCUUAGGUCAAUCAGGUGCUUCUGGUUCUCAUCAAGCCCUACCCAGGAAGGUAGUGUCACCACCUCAAUUAGAUAAAGUACAAGAAGGUGUAUCGUGGCAACCUCCAUCUGCUUCGUCUGCUUCCAACGAUAAAGGUGAACCGAAUUAUAUACCCGAUCGAUCCAAUACACCCACACCCCACUCUUCGCCCCAAAUUUCCCUUCGACCUUUGAAAGACACUUCUCCAGCUUCUUUACCUCACACUUCCACUUCCACGAACACAUCUGAUUUGCCCAAAGCUGAUCCUCCGACUACCGUAUCACCAACAUCAUCGUCUUCAUCAAACAAAGCUCAAGGUGCAAAGGCGACAAUUGCACAUGUGGGUACGAAUGCUCAACCCACCCUCAGCCAACCGGUUGAUGAUGAUGAUGGCGCUAGUAUAAUGGGUAGAGCGGCAAAUAUAGCUUCUACAGCAAAGGAUUUAUUAGGUGCUUUGUGGUAUGGAAAUGAAAGUGGGAAUGGAAAUACAGGAGCUAGUGGUUCAAUCUCGAGACAAGGUCAAGGUCAGAAUCCAAAUUCAGGUAGAAGCGUAUCAUCAUCAACAGGAAAAGGUCACAAAAGGGGAGCUUCGUUAGGUUAG